AUGCCUGAACGUCCUGUGGACUUAGGAGCUAUACUGAAGUCAGAAUUCAUUGCCCCUGGUCGAAUGGGCUACAUUCGAAAUUCCAUGUUUAAACGGGAAACCCUUAUAAGGGCACCAGUAGGAAGGCAUGUUACACGAGGAAGAUCGCUGCCACCGUCAUGCUUUGUCUAUGGCAUGAAAAAUAAGUGGAACCCAAAUGCAAUGAAUGAGUGCAUGACUUGGUGCAACUACAAGCCCGUUUACGACCCUCAAAGGUUCGGGGUUGACUACCAGAAAACAAAUGUGGAAAGUGCCAAGGCGAACAUUUACCGAGUACCCGAGUGGAUAGCCUUCCGAAAGGAAAAGGACUUUCAUAUAAAUCCAGUCGAAAAAAAGGGCGAACGAUUCAAGAAGCCGAUCUUUCCUGUAGAUAUGGUUUUUGGAAGGCCUCCUCGUCCGGGCACACCAUUUAACUGCGUUAUCUCCCAUUAUUACAAAACAGAAUUUGACAGAAAAGCAAUUGAGGAUAAUGUCAAGUUUUUGACAAAAAUGGACAUCCAAAGAAAUAAAACGCCACAGCCAUACGAUACCCUCAAGUCGACAUCUUCUGUGAUGCCUCUGCCCCAGCAACCGAAGUCCGGGAAAUUGUGGACGAUGAAGCGUUUCCAAGGUCAACCACCACGAGUCUCUAGUUACUGGGAUAAGGAACGUGGAAGAAAACUUCAAGAAAAGAUGUUCGAGAAACAUAUUUGCGACGUGCAAAAGUGA